UAGGAUCUUUAAUUAAACCCAGAACUCACCCUCCGUAACAGCAAGAAGUUCAAAGAAACAAUGAAGUCUCUCCAGUUCCUUAGUGCUGAGGCGUUUGUGUCAGAUGCUGAGUUUGCAAGGAAGAAUCUUGGCAGCGUUGCCCAUAAUCUUUUUCCUCUUCUUUUUAAAGCCAGCUAUUUACUGGAGCAAACGGAAGUGAUUCAUGACUUGGUUGAGACCUGGCCACUUGCUGACUUUAAUAUAGGAAAACUUUUGGGAACUACUGUGGACUACCAGGAAGAUCUGAGCCAUAGAAGAUGCUCAGUGUGCUUGGAGAGCUGUCUAACAGGGCUGAGAGACUAUGUAUUGAAUCAUCCUUCUCCCUGUGUGAAAAGGUUGAAAGUGGUGGACCUGACAGGUAUAAAGGAUGUCGAAGUUCAGCUUUGUGAAUGUAAGAAGACAAUGGGGAGGUGGGCCAGGACUAAGCUGCUCUCAAAGCUUUGUCUAGAAGUGCUGGUCCACCUGCAACAAACGCAAUGUAAGCCACGUGCCUUUGAAAUCAGUAUUGAUGUGCUAAUAGACUUGUUUGUCACAGAACGCAACUAUGAGCUGGUGGUGCAGGCCCUGCUGCAGAAACGUUAUUGUCCACUGAAGAUCUGCUGUGUGGCAUUUAGAGCUGACAACCUGGCUUUGCAGAAAUUCUUCUACAUCAUAAAGCUCACUGAUCCUUCUUUGUUGCGCAAACUGGAAGUAGUUCACAAUGUUCGCUUGGAAAUGGAACACUUGGAAAUACUCUUCAACAGUAUUCACUUCCCUCUACUGAUGUCUUUGACCUUGCCAGCUCGCACAUUUAAUGUGCGGAGGCUCACAGCUACAGAUGAACUGAUGCUUACUGCCAUUGGAAAAAAGAUGGGUGAAAUGACGCAACUGACUGAGCUCAGUCUGGCAUUUUCUAUACUCACAGGAAGAAUACGGAAGCUGCUCAGCCCACUAAAAACUCCACUGAAGAUGCUGGAUGUUUCUAACUGCUCAUUGAACCAUGCUGAUAUGAUCUAUUUAGCCAAUAGUAUCCAUUCUUAUCACUUGGAAACACUGGACCUGAGCGGGCACAAUAUUCCCGAACUUUAUCCAUCAGCAUUCUUUAAGCUUCUUAGCCAUUCCUCUCCAGUGCUUAGGAGUCUUGUCUUGGAGGACUGUAACAUCCAAGACACUCAUGUCAACAUGUUGAUCAUAGCAUUAAGCCCUUGUCAGAAACUGCAGGAGUUUAAGUUUCUUGGAAAUCCACUGUCAUCCCAAGCACUUAAACACCUUUUCACAUUUCUCUGCGAGUUGCCAGUGCUGAAAAUUGUGGAGUUUCCAGUUCCAAAGGACUGCUACCCUAUUGACAUCACCUACCCAAUUGACGAUGCCAGUCUCUGCAGAUUUGAUCAUCAAAAAUAUGACAGUAUAGCAGAGGAGCUUAACUUCAUUUUACUACAAGCAAAUCGGGAGGAUGUGAAAGCUUCAACUCCGCUCUUUGGCAGUUAUGAUGCAGCCGUUCAGGAGACAAAUGAUGAACUGGGAGCUUAUUUGAUCAAGUCCUUCAAAGAGACUUUAGAAAAGUUAACUACUUCUCUUAGCAAAAUGAGUUAAAUGUGUAACAUGUUUUCAAUGUUGGCCUGACAAUCAGAAGGUAGUUUAUUCUUUUCUGGAACAAUGUCCUUCAUUGAUCAGUCUUCAGUUUUCUUUAGUUUCUGGGCUGAAUUUAUGUUGUUUUAAUAGCUCAUGGUCAUCAGAGGUUUUUUAACUGUCCUACUGCAUAAUAUUUAUGUAAAUACAGCUUGUUCUCGAAAGAGGGGAAAACCCUCAAUGGUUUAGUAUUUUACACAAAAAGCAUUUUGUUUCUUAGUAAAACAAGGUGUCUGAAAUUGGCUACUUUCUUCUACAGUUUUCUCCAGACUUGAGAAUGAGGCUUGCAGCUAAACAGAACAGACAAGAAAGUCUUUCCCCAGGUCCAGCAGGAUCCCUCAAUGACUGUAUAUUCUCGUACUGAGGGCCCCAGGCCUGGACGCAGCGCUGCAGAUGGGGCCUCACAAGAGCCGAGCAGAGGGGGACGAUCACCUCCCUCUCCCUGCUGGCCGCCCCUUUUUCAUGCAGCCCAGAGCACAGCUGGCCUUCCGGGCUGCAGGUGCACACUGCUGCCUCAUGGCCAGCUUCUCGCCCACCAGGGCCCCGAGUCCUUCUCCACCUGGCAAAUUGAAUGACUCACUGAUAGCAGAGGAUUCCCCUUCACCUCGCUCCAGCAAUACAAAGUAAAUCUGGCAAAACGUAUUUUACAAAGAAGUUCUGGCACAGUUCUGCACAGUUGCGCUUGUGAUAUCAACAGGCAAGCACCUCAAGAUGCUCCCUUUGUGGAAUUUGUGGUUUUGGCCAUUAGAAUAUACCCGGCUGCUCUCAGCUGUUUUUCAAAGAUAGCCUAGGAGAACAGUAGUAAUAGAAAAAUGAGUCGUGUGGAAAAAAAUGAAUCAAAAGACAGUUUAGAAUUGUGGAAAAGGGGUAGGGAAGGCUGCUAAAUAAGUACAUAACUUACAUUCUUCUUUUUAGUAUAUUUGAUCCAUUGAAUGUAUGAUGGGAAGACUGCAAUGAAUGGACUUGAACCAUUUGUGUUUACAUAGUGCUAAAAAAAAAAACUAAAGGAAAUCCAAGUUGCCAAGCCAAACAUUCAUGGCAUAGAAAAAAGAAAAAAGUCUAGUUUAUAUUUGCACAAAGUUCCAGAUCAGCCCUUUUUCUUGCCUCCCUUUGACCUUUUGUAUGAGGACUGACAGCUGACCUAGGCAACUGACUACUAAUCUUAACAUUUUCCUCCCUCUGAUCUUGCUGUUCUUUCUAUCCUGGUCUAGACUCAAGUUUUCUCAGCCAAACCAGUAGAUGGUUUGAAUUUUGUGAGACCGAAGAUCUGCAUCUUUGGUGUGAGAAGUAGCACAUUUUGUUGAUCAGAGAGAUUAUUCCCUUUAGAAUAGAUGUAAACCUACAGGUAGUAAUUUCUGCAUACUGGCAGCAGGCUAGCUAAAAUACUGUGUCUGAAAGUGAAGACUGUUUUAGAAGCAUACUGUGCUCCAGCAACCUGGCCCUGCCUAUUUCAAUGCACACAAAAUAGUUUGUUCAUAGAUUACUUCUUAUUUAGGAGUAUUUAUAUGCCUUAUGAGUACUGCAGCUUUCUCACUGCUUUCUUCUUGCCAAAAAACAAUCCUUACCCACACUUUUGUUUACUUAUUUAUCACAAACUUCUCCCCAUUUUCCAUUAUCAAUAAUACGCACACUGUGCUGUCAAUUUAUGUCUGUCUGGGCCAGAAGGAUGUGGAGACACUAAAAAGUUUCAGUGCCCAUUCCACACUGAGGAUUAGUAGUUGUUAAGUCUUUUUCAAAUAUUCCCUUUUAGAAUGAACAAUGGGGGACACAGCAUUAAAGAAGUAAUGCACAUGCAUCACUACAUGCAGAGUGGUUGCGAAUGACUUACAUGUGGUGGAGCACAUGGAUCCAUGUGUCCAGUAUCCUUGGAUCCUGUUUUUGUGAAGCCAUUUGCUCUGCAGCAUCAUUUUCAAGGCUUUGUGAGUUUCUACAUGGGCUGUUCCAAAAGUAAUGGCUCCUAUCUUAUUAUAUUGGUCUACAACAUCAGAGGUGGAUGUUCAUGGUAUGGCAGUAGAGGUCAAACCUUCCCACAAAGAUUCCAUUAUAUUUCAUUGCAGUGCAACAGAUGACAACAGAGGAGCAGUUUAACAAAAUUGUGACUGAUGCAGAAGUGCAUAUGAAGAUAAGAAUUGGAACUUAGUUCCUUCAUGUGGAAAAAAUUGCAGUUGUUUACACUCAUUCAUUGACACUUGCUGAAUAUUUAUGUAAACCAAACUGUGGACGUUAGUACAAUAAAGCAGUGGGUGAUGUUUCAGCAGUGGCAUCAAGGACAUGACAGACAAGCCAUGUUCCAGAUGGCAAUGCACAACUGUCACUCCAUGAAAUGAAGUGUGUCUCAAUCAGCUAAUCCAUGCAAAUAGGUGGAUUAUGACCAGGAAACUGUAUAUGGAGCUGAAUAUUGGCUUCAAUGCAUUAGAAAUGAUGGCGGCAACACUGGGAUAUUGCAAAGUUUGCACCAGGUUGUCCCAUGAACACUCACAUGGGGAAAGAAAGAACACCAUAUGCAAAUUUGUCAGGACCUAUUGAACCAGUUACAGACUAAAGGUGACAGUUUCCUGGAAUGCAUCAUUACUGGUGACAAGAUGUGGUGUCACCACUACAAGCUGGAGUCAAAACGGUAGUCCAUGGAGUGGUGACAUGUGAAUUCUUCAUGGAAAGGAGCAUUUGAGAUGCAGUCCUCAGAGGGUAAAGUAACAUGUAACGUCACUGGGGACAAAAAAGUGGUGACCCUUUCAGAUUUCCCAGAACCUGGACAAACCACUUCUGACCACUUCAUCACAAUGCUGACUAAGAUGAAGGCUCAAACUUGCAGUCAGGCCAGAGAUGGAUAAAAACUUUCUCUUGCAAUAUAAUAAUGUCAGGCUCCGUACCAGUUUGAAGACUGUGGAGCACAUUGACUCUCUUGUUUGGACUUUCCUACCACACCCACUUAAUAGUCCAGAUUUAGUACCUUGUGAUUUCCAUCUUUUCAGACUGGUGAAAGAUGUACUCCACAGGCAGCAUUUUCCUAUCAUGGCAUCUGUAAAACGGUGUGUCACCUCUGCUGGUGCAGAUUUUUAAGAGUGUAGCUCUUGUUCAUUGCUGGUGAUUAGGUUGAAAAAUAGUGUUUUGUCGCUGAGAAUCAGCUCAAUCAAGUAGUACUAUGUUGCUCUCUGAAUCAAUUGCAGUUUCCAUGGAAAUAAAUAGGAGGCAUUUUUUUCAGAGCAGCGACAUGAAAUGCAUUCUGAUAGGACCGAAGCAAAAUUUUUAUUGUUUACAGUUACAUGUUAAAGUUGUAGUCUAUGAAGUGUAGUAUUAACUAAAAUACCUGCUUUGGUAGUGUAGAAACCAAAAGGCAGAACUUCAACAACCGUGAGACCCUGCUAGUCUGAUUUCCACCGUUAUGGAAUGGAGUCGGUUUUGGCUUUGUUUUGUUUGCUGUUUGUUUUGGUUUGGUUGUUUUUUUAAAUUUUGUUUUUUUAAAUUUUGUUUGUCCCUUUACAGCUAAUUUUUUUCCAAAUUUUGAAAAGCUUCUACUUUUGCUUUGAUAACAGUUGCUUCUUUGCAAAAAUCCCAUCUUUAGCUCUCAGGCAUUUAACUUUCAUUUCUUCAGUUUCUUCCUUAAUUAUGGUUAUUAGUGAUGCUUUUAAAUACAAACCAAGACGUACAUUUUCUUGCUGACCAGGCUUACUGUAACAAGAACGUGUGCUCUCUCCCAGAAGGAUUCCUGUGUAUCUCCUGUUCAAGAACUGCUAUUUAUAUUCUGGGCCUGGUCUUUAUUCCUCUUGCCAUGUGUGUGGGACUUCGCAUUUUGUUGUUACAGUAGAAGCUCCAGUGCAACAGCUACCUAAGUAUUAAAGGUUAUCCUGUGCAGGAGUAGACAGGUAUCAGUUUAGUCCAUCUCCUCCCAAAGGACAAUCUUUCUAUGUUGCACCAACCUGGAGCCUUGUAGUCGAUAUUGCUAGCUAUGGAUAUUUUAAAUUAUGGAACAGGACUCAAAAUGCUAUGAGAUUUUUAAAAUAAAUUUGUUUUAUUGUUGUUUUACUUCCAUGCUGUUAAUUACAGGUUUAUAUGGUAAGCAAUUCUCAUAUUUAGAUUUAUUAUUGAGCACAAAGUUCAAUAAAGGAUCAACUCCUUUUGCUGUUUUUGCAAAA